AUGAAAACGACGCCGCGCUGCGCGUGGGCCGUGGCGGAGGAGCACGCCGCACGGCUCGUGGAGCAGCCCGAGUGGGUGUUCUCCGAGGUCCUCCUCUCGCCGGACCUCGCCCCGCACAUCCUCGCCCAGCUGCCGACCACGGAGCACGCCGUCAAGGGGACGUGCCGCGCGUGGCGCCGCGGCUGGAAGGAGACGCUGAAGAAGCGCGAGAGGCCGCGCCAAAAGAGAAAGCGAAGCCAAAAAAACGAUUGCGUAAACGGCGUCACAAAGCCCGCCGGCAGCAGAGUGCUGCACCGGCGUGCAGCGGAUGCUGCGGCGCUGCGGCGCCGCCUCCCCGCCCUGUCCACGGAGCAGGCGAGCGGCGGCACGGCCUUCCACCAGCUGCAGGAGGCGGCCCUCUCGGCGGCCCUCUCCUCCCCGCUCUCGGGCUGCUGGUCUCGCUGCGACGCGGUCACUCGCCUCGCCUCACCCACGCUAUUCUGCACCCCGUCUGUCCGCUUGGCGGUGGCAGCAGAGGGCACUCCGCCUCCGGCUCCGCUCACCCUGUCAAAGGUCGCCGAGCUCGUCGAGGCCACCUUUGUCCGUGCCUGCAUGGACGCGGCGCGCGGCGACGUCACCACACUUAAGCUCUUCAUCGCGUCUGCUGUGGGCGGCUACCGGCUCGGGGUGCCGCUGCCUGCGCUGGGCUCCGCGGUCGCGGCGUGCGAAGCGGAGCACUCGACCGCGGGCCGGCCGCUGCUGCCGGAGGAGGCGGAGCUGCGGACGCUGUGGCUCUCCCUCGAGGUGCGGAGAAAGGUUGGCGGGGGCGCCGCGCUCGGCGACCUCUCGGUGGACGACCUCGUCGGCGCCGACCCGCAGCGCACGCCGCUCAGGGCCGCCGUGCUCGCAAACUGCGUCCGCGUGGUGUUUCUGACGCUCGGCGUACUCGGCGACGAGCGGGCGGCGGGCGCGACGACGGCGCGGCCCUACAUCCCGGGGACGGGGCCCAAGCGCGGCGACGGGCAGCCGGCGUGGUGA